CGAGCAGCAGCAGCUGGCUUUCUCUCCUCCUCCAUAUAUGGUCGGCUUCCGAUCGUGAACCUGCAUAACAUACAGAACCAAGACGCGCGACGCGACAAAACAGCGAGUCAGGGCGCGACAGGUGAUGCGUGGCGACAGCUGACUGUUCCUGGCACAUCGGACCCUGUGAUGGGCGCAGCCGAACCCCUCCACUCUAAGCUUCUGGAACCAAAGCCCGCCUCUAUGCCAUUUUCCUUUUCUCUGCCUAUUCUUCCAUCCUAUAAUCUCGCGACAUACCUACAAGGAGGUUGCUGUAGACCGCUAUUAGAGCAAAGCUGAGCUGUGACGUGAGCCGCGUCGAGUCACCGGCAAGAUGACGAUGAACUUCGUGACGUUUAACCAGGACUAUAGCUACCUGGCUGUAGCGACUUCCAAGGGAUUCCGUAUAUUUACGACAGACCCCUUCGCCAAAAGCUACGAAACAAAAGAGGGCAACAUCGCCAUCAUCGAGAUGCUCUUUUCGACCUCUUUGGUGGCUUUGAUUCUCUCACCGCGUCGCCUUCAGAUCACAAAUACCAAGCGACAAUCUACGAUAUGCGAAUUAACAUUUCCAACCACCGUCCUGGCCGUCAAGCUGAAUCGAAAACGACUGGUUAUUGUCCUAGAGGACCAAAUAUACCUGUACGACAUUCAAACCAUGAAGUUGUUAUACACGAUCGAGACAUCGCCGAACCCGAAUGCACUAUGCGCGUUGUCGCCGUCCUCUGAUAACUGCUACCUUGCAUACCCUCUUCCUCAAAAAGCCGCCCCUUCUUUGAACCCUCCAGCUCACGCGCCACCUGGCAGUACUCACGUGUCCCCAACAAGUGGUGAGGUCUUAAUAUUCGACACCCUGAAGUUAGAGGCCAUCAACGUGAUUGAAGCGCAUCGAUCACCGCUGGCAUGCAUUACAAUGAAUGGCGAUGGUACGCUCAUCGCCACUGCGUCAGACAAGGGAACCAUCAUCCGAGUGUUUUCCGUACCGGACGGCCACAAGCUAUAUCAAUUCCGUCGUGGCUCAAUACCGUCGAGGAUCUUCAGCAUGUCCUUCAACACAACGUCAACCCUCCUUUGCGUGUCAUCAUCAACUGAAACGAUCCACCUUUUCAAGCUUUCACCCCCGUCCCAGCAGCCGCCCCAAGAAGGUUCGCCAACAUAUUCCCCGCCUACAGGUCGUAGAAGAAGCUUUAGCUCCCUCAGCCAGUCUCCGGACGAGGACAAUGCGAGUGAGGAACACGGGUCCUCGGAUCUAUCUGGCAGAAAGCAUAACGGGACACUAAUGGGCAUGCUCCGCCGCACCUCACAAAACGUCGGUGGUGUGUUCGCUGCCAAGGUUGGAGGGUACUUGCCCAAAGGUGUAAGCGAGAUGUGGGAGCCAGCCCGCGACUUUGCCUGGUUCAAAAUUCCGAAGCCUAGCCAGGGCGCCGCGCAAAACCCAAGUGCGGGUCCGUUACGGAGUGUCGUCGCAAUGAGCAGCAACACACCCCAGGUGAUGGUAGUCACGAGUGAUGGCAACUUUUACGUUUUCAGCAUCGACCUUUCCAAGGGUGGUGAGGGGACAUUAACGAAACAGUACUCUGUACUCGAAUCAAAUGAUAGACUGGGACACUCAGUCACAGACUAGCUAUUAUGCUGAUUUGUUUAUCGACUUGAUACCACUGCGCUCUUUACUAUGGCUCGCAUUUCCUCCACUCUCGGUGUUGUCACCAUGGCUAUGUAUUACCCACAGCGUUUGACCAUUUUACUAUUUGUGGAUCUACUCUGGGAUAUCCUCUUUGGCGUUAGUUUUCUGGGGGCUACUAGUCGGCUUGAUAUCUUCAAUCAUCCCAUUAAAUCUAAUGCACGACACGUUUCAGCAACUAUCUCCCGUCAGUAAAUCAUAAAUUCGUAUCUACU